ACAGUGCGAAAAGCCGUCCUCAAAUCUCAAAUCCCAAAAUCUCUUUGGUGCGUCCCUGUUCGAGACCAGCCAUCCUCUUCCUCCCUCCCUCCUUCACUCCAUCUAAAUUCGUCUCUUUUCGCCUGCGGUAGAAGAUGUCGGGCAAGGGAGCGAAGGGUUUGAUCACAGGCAAGACCCCCGCCGCCAACAAAGACAAGGACAAGAAGAAGCCUAUUUCCCGCUCUUCUCGUGCUGGUCUUCAGUUUCCAGUUGGACGUAUUCACAGGCUGUUGAAGUCAAGGACAACAGCUCAUGGUAGAGUAGGAGCCACAGCUGCUGUGUACUCUGCUGCUAUCUUGGAGUAUUUAACAGCUGAAGUUUUGGAGCUGGCUGGGAAUGCUAGCAAGGAUCUUAAGGUUAAGCGUAUUACUCCCAGACAUCUACAACUUGCUAUCCGGGGUGAUGAAGAACUUGAUACAUUGAUAAAAGGAACAAUUGCUGGAGGAGGUGUUAUCCCUCAUAUUCAUAAAUCUCUUAUCAACAAGUCUUCCAAGGAGUAGAUUGCUAAAGAGCUACUUGAUUAAAUAUUCUCUCUCUCUCUCUCUCUCUCUCUCUCUCUGCGCUAACUGUGCCUUUGUUGAUGUACUUCUUAAAAUAGCAGCGCAAAGUAGCCUACAGUUGUCAUUUAUGAUGGAUAAACUUGAGUCUGCUGUGGAUAUUGAGUAUUUUAUCUUGGGAUAGCUGUUUGGUACAUUGGAUAACUUAAAAGAGUAGUAGAAUUUCUUUUCCAAUCAUACCAAUGGAAUAAUGCCUCUUGCCUGAUUGAUAAAGUUCUUCUUGGUGGGAUAUGUUUGAGGCAAUGCCGUUUUUCA